AUGUCUGCCGCGAAAACUAAGGCUCAGCAGCUGAUCAACGAGAAUGGCGUCGUCGUCUUCUCAAAGUCGUAUUGCCCCUACUGCAAGGCUAGCAAGGCGCUCCUCGACGACUUGAACGCGACAUAUACCGCUCUCGAACUGGAUUUGAUGGAUGACGGAGCCGCUAUCCAAGACGCCCUGAAGGAAAUCAGCGGCCAGCGCACCGUGCCGAACAUCUACAUCAGCAAGAAGCAUAUUGGAGGCAACUCGGAUCUGCAGGGAAUCGGGCGCAAUGAGCUGAAGCGCACCCUUGCUGCUGCGGGGGCUUUGUGA